ACGGCCGGCGCGGCCCCCCAAGGGCGAUCGUGGAGACCCGGGAGGCGCUCGGUCCCCAGUCUUUAGCGGUGGCUAUUGAAGAGGAAGGAGGCGAUCCAGAUAAUAUUGAAUUAACUGUUUCAACUGAUACUCCAAACAAGAAACCAACCAAAGGCAAAGGUAAAAAACAGGAAGCAGAUGAGUUGAGUGGAGAUGCUUCUGUGGAAGAUGAUGCUUUUGUCAAGGACUGUGAAUUGGAGAAUCAAGAGGCACAUGAACAGGAUGGAAAUGAUGAACUAAAGGACCCUGAAGAAUUUGGUGAAAAUGAAGAAGAAACUGUACAUUCCAAGGAGUCACUUUCUACAGAAGAGAACAAGAGAACUCAUGAAUUAAUAGAGGCAGAAGCAAUAGAAGAUAUAGAAAAAGAGGACAUCGAAAGUCAGGAAAUUGAAGCUCAAGAAGGUGAAGAUGAUACCUUUCUAACAGCCCAAGAUGGUGAGGAAGAAGAAAAUGAGAAAGAAGGGAACCUAGCUGAGGCUGAUCACACAGCUCACGAAGAGAUGGAAGCUAAUGCGCCUGUGAAAGAAGCUGAGGAUGACAACAUCUCGGUCACAAUCCAGGCUGAAGAUGCCAUCACUCUGGAUUUUGAUGGUGAUGACCUCCUAGAAACAGGUAAAAAUGUGAAAAUUACAGAUUCUGAAGCAAGUAAGCCAAAAGAUGGGCAGGACGCCAUUGCACAGAGCCCGGAGAAGGAAAGCAAGGAUUAUGAGAUGAAUGCGAACCAUAAAGAUGGUAAGAAGGAAGACUGCGUGAAGGGUGAUCCUGUCGAGAAGGAAGCCAGAGAAAGUUCUAAGAAAGCAGAAUCUGGAGACAAAGAAAAGGAUACUUUGAAGAAAGGGCCCUCGUCUACUGGGGCCUCUGGUCAAGCAAAGAGCUCUUCAAAGGAAUCUAAAGACAGCAAGACAUCAUCCAAAGAUGACAAAGGAAAUACAAGUAGUACUAGUGGUAGCAGUGGAAGCUCAACUAAAAAUAUCUGGGUUAGUGGACUUUCUUCUAAUACCAAAGCUGCUGACUUAAAGAACCUCUUUGGCAAAUAUGGAAAGGUUCUGAGUGCAAAGGUAGUUACAAAUGCUCGAAGUCCUGGGGCAAAGUGCUAUGGCAUUGUAACUAUGUCUUCAAGCACAGAGGUGUCCAGAUGUAUUGCCCAUCUUCAUCGCACUGAGCUGCACGGACAGCUGAUUUCUGUUGAAAAAGUUAAAGGUGAUCCUUCUAAGAAAGAACUGAAGAAAGAAAAUGAUGAAAAGAGUAGUUCAAGAGGUUCUGGAGACAAAAAAAAUAUGAGUGAUAGAAGUAGCAAGACACAAGCCUCUGUCAAAAAGGAAGAGAAAAGGUCGUCUGAGAAGUGUGAAAAAAAAGAAGGCAAGGAGCCUAAGAAAAUAGAAGGUAAAGACGAGAAGAAUGAUAAUGGAUCAAGUGGCCAAACUUCAGAAUCGAUUAAAAAAAGUGAAGAAAAGAAGCGAAUAAGUUCCAAGAGUCCAGGACAUAUGGUAAUACUGGACCAAACUAAAGGAGAUCAUUGUAGGCCAUCAAGAAGAGGAAGAUACGAGAAAAUUCAUGGAAGGAGCAAGGAAAAGGAGAGAGCUAGCCUAGAUAAAAAAAGGGACAAAGACUAUAGAAGGAAAGACAUCUUGCCUUUUGAAAAGAUGAAGGAACAAAGACUAAGAGAGCAUUUAGUUUGCUUUGAGAGAUUGUGACGAGCAAUGGAACUUCGAAGACGAAGAGAGAUUGCAGAAAGAGAGCGUCGAGAGCGAGAACGCAUUAGAAUAAUUCACGAACGGGAAGAACGGGAACGCUUACAGAGAGAGAGAGAGCGCCUAGAAAUUGAAAGGCAAAAACUAGAGAGAGAGAGAAUGGAACGCGAACGCUUGGAAAGGGAACGCAUUCGUAUUGAACAGGAACGUCGUAAGGAAGCCGAACGUAUUGCUCGAGAACGAGAGGAGCUGAGAAGGCAACAGCAGCAGCUUCGUUAUGAACAAGAGAAAAGGAAUUCUUUGAAACGCCCACGUGAUGUAGAUCAUAGGCGAGAUGAUCCUUACUGGAGCGAGAGUAAAAAGUUGUCUCUAGAUACAGAUGCACGAUUCAGCCAUGGAUCUGACUAUUCUCGCCAGCAAAACAGAUUUAAUGACUUUGAUCACCGAGAGAGGGGCAGGUUUCCUGAGAGUUCAGCAGUACAGUCUUCAUCUUUUGAAAGGCGAGAACGCUUUGUUGGUCAAAGUGAAGGGAAAAAAACACGUCCUACUGCACGAAGAGAAGAUCCGGGUUUUGAAAGGUAUCCCAAAAAUUUCAGUGAUUCCAGAAGAAAUGAGCCUCCACCACCAAGAAAUGAACUUAGGGAAACGGACAGGCGAGAAGUCCGGGGAGAACGAGACGAGAGGAGAACCGUGAUCAUCCAUGACAGGCCUGAUAUCACUCACCCUAGACAUCCUCGAGAAGCAGGGCCGAAUCCAUCCAGACCCGCCACCUGGAAAAGUGACGGCGGCAUGUCCGCCGACAAACCGGAAACAAGAGUUGAAAGGCCGGAACGAUCUGGGAGGGAAGUUUCAGGACACAGUGUGAGGGGCGCGCCCCCUGGCAAUCGCAGUAAUGCGUCGGGCUACGGAAACAGAGAGGGAGACAGGGGCGUGAUCACGGACCGAGGAAGUGGAACACAGCACUACCCUGAGGAACGACAUGUGGUUGAACGCCAUGGACGGGACACAAGUGGACCAAGGAAAGAGUGGCAUGGUCCACCUUCUCAAGGGCCUGGCUAUCACGAUGCAAGGCGAAUGGGUGAUGGCCGGACAGGAGCAGGCAUGAUAAGCCAACACACGAGUAAUGCAUCCCCAAUUAAUAGAAUUGUACAAAUCAGUGGUAAUUCCAUGCCAAGAGGAAGUGGCUCCGGAUUUAAGCCUUUUAAGGGUGGACCUCCACGACGAUUCUGAGAAUUAGCUCUCUGCCAUGGUUUCAAGAUAAUUUAUUGAAAUCUCCUGUAAACUUUACUUGACUACUUAUGAAGAGGACCUCUGACUUGCUUGAGAGUUCUGUCAGACUUUUCUUUUUUUCUCAUUUUUUAAAAUUUAACAUGAUUGCUUUUCUCAAUUUUGGAGAAGAUGUUUAAAUAGUUCCGUUGUAACUUUUACUAGUUUUGUGUAUCAUUCAACUUUUUUUCUUCCAGCACCGAAACACAUUUGAAAAGAUGGAAUCCAAACCAUUUUGUUUAACGCUGUGUGAAUAUAAAGAGUAG